AAUACGAAAGGUGCUUUUCAUUUGCUAUAAAAGACGUUCGAUUUUCUUUCGCGCCUGAGAGGUUACGAUACUGAGAUGUGAAAGGCGUUCGAGGGGGCUUCGAUACGGACAUGUUUUAAGUCAGUGUAGGAAAACAAAGUUAUACAACGAAAAGAGAGAGACAUGGCUAAAAUGCAGACUUUAACAGUGGAGAAUCUUGCGGAUCACCAUAGCGACCACGGCGGAAGUAAGCGGCAAUCACUGGUCCCAAAGGAGGGCAGCGAAGGUCCUCAUACCACCAAUCCCAGUAUGCGCCGGAUGUCGCGUUUCGAGGGCCGCCCUAGCGUCCAGUAUAGCCGCCGGAUGUCCAUGGUGUCACGAUCUAGCGUUACCGGAAGUUCCUUUGGAAUUAAGAAUAUUGGACUGUUUCCAGUGAAGCUGCAGAAUACGUACAAACUGCAGCCGGACCACAUUGAAGUGUUCAAACCCGAAAGUGUGCGUAUUAUUAUACAGGAAGUGCUCGACGAAUGCCUGAACGGUGAGAAGUACAACCCUACGCAGUGCCGAAGCCUCUCACAGAUGCUAACGGAUCUCAUCAAGUCGCGCGUGAAGGACAUGGGAUUUCAGCGCUACAAGUAUAUAGUGACGGUGACCAUUGGUCAGGACAGUAACCAAGGAGUCCGUGUAGUCAGUCGCUGUCUGUGGAACAAGGUCACGGACAAUUACGCCGAGGCUAGUUAUGACAAGAAUGGAUUGUACGCGGUAGCCGCUGUGUACGCUUGUUAUUUUGAAUAGCGUAUUGUUAAAUGGCUUGUAGAUCGCAUCAUGGGUAAGGUGUUUCAAUAUUAAUGUUAUUUAUUUUGACAAAUACUUAUGCAAUUAAUGUAUUUGUGAGUUCAUAUCCAAGAUGAUGUGCGUGUAUUUCUCACCGUGAUUAAAUACAAAACUCUUUUUCAUGGUAUAGAAUCCAUGUUUGUUCACCCCGUUCGCUCUUUAUUCACCGAUAUUUCUUCCGUAUAAUGCUACUGGGUAAUGGUUACUGACAGAUGUCGCUUUUAACCAUCUGAACAGCGAUUCCAAUCCGACUGUACGGACAAGACCAUCCUUUGUCACCACUUUAAGCAACCCCAGUCACGCAGAACCUUUCUUACUCUAAUCCUCUUUCACACAAAUGAACCAUCUAAAAAACUAACAGUUGUCUGUGAAUUCUAUUGUUAUUGUAUCUCUUGGUUCCUGAUUCUAACACAAAGUAAUCAUAUCGAAAUAGUAGAUAAGUGUAGGAAACAAUUAGAAUGUUAUCAUAAAAAUAACAUUAUAAACUGUUGUUUCCAAGCGAGAUUAUUUAGGUGGAUGUACUACUUUCACAAGGUGGGCUGUAAUUUAUAAUCGCCAACGACACAAGAGAACAGGCAAUCUCACAUUAAUUGAAAAGAAAUCGAUCAUCUAAGCUCUUCUUAUGACGACACAUUGUGCUGCGAAUAGUGGGUGGAGUACUUGAAGAGAAUCAGGCUAGGUGCAAUGUUUGUGGAAAGGCUAGUGUCUGCUUAUUUAGCUGACUGUUGUUUUUUUUCAUAGAACUCCGGAGAAUGCUUCUAUAUGACGCUUGAAAAAUCUUUUUGUUGUCAUAUACCGAUUUAAAGGGCCUCUCGUGUAAAAUGGUUCAUUUUUAUUACCAAACCAUAUACCAUUAAAUUGAUAAGGUAAAUGUGUGUUUUUAUAUCAAUUUAUUGUCAUUUUUACUCCAAUAUUGAUGAACUUUGUCUUAAAGCGACUGUCAACCACGACGGCCAAGAAAAGAAAAGUUGUAAAAUACCAUAUUUUUUUACAAUUAUUAGUUUAUAUGGAUUAAAAUAUCAUGACUGGUAUAUUACAUUGCUUGAAAAAGUUCAUAUUUUCAGUAUUUUUGGUAAUAAAAUUUCGCGGUGUGAAAUCGAAAGUACAUCGCGAAAAUAGAUGACAUAACGAUAUACACACUAUAAAUAACGCAAGUAGAUUGAUCAUUUUAUAUAUAAAAUAUAAACAAUUCACUACGCAUGCACAAUUUGCAUUCCUGGGUUUACCACGUGACGAUGAUGAUCAAUCUACUGGCUUUAUUUUUAUAAUUAACUGGUAGUUACCUGGUAGACAUACCCAGUAAAAUUUAUUACCGAAUAUACUGAAAAUGUGAAAACUUAACAACUUUUUUCAAGGAAUGUAAUAUACCAGUCGUGAUAUUUUAAUGAACAUAAUCUAAUUAUUGUAAUAAAAUACGGUAUUUUACAACUUUUCUUUUCUUCGUUGUCGUGGUUGACAGUCCCUUUAAGGUCUAUAUAUUUAUUUAAAAAAAUAGAGAGGCCAAAUGGAUCUUUGAAUUACUAAAUAUUUUGUAGCUAUUCCACUCGAUUCUGCAUAAGGGUGUUCGAACAUUCGUAGAUCUUUUUGAGAAAAACAUGCAAGAAGUCGGACACAUUUUCAAUUUUAGUCAGCACAUUAUGUUCUUCAUUACCGCUUCUCGGUAUACUGACGGAGUAUGAGCUUAUUUUAUCACAUAUGCACGUCGUUCGUAAUAAUUUAGUAUUCAAUUUAUGUGUUUUUACGCUAAUUUAAGACAGUUUAAGUGUUGGUUUUUAAUCGAAUGUUUUACAACCAUAAUCAAAAAUUGUUUUUCAUUAUUUACAUACUAUCAGAGUUGAUUGCUGUAGUGCGCCUUGUAAUCACCAAUAUAUGUUCAGCAUACUUUAAAGGGAAAUUAUUGCUUAUAGAUAGAUCUAUAGCUUUUGUCUUGUCUGCAUCAUCACUUUUAGCAGCCACAAUGACCAGAACUACUGCAGUGCCUUCAUAGGGUUAUACAUUAUCGUAUUGCCUUAAGGACCGAACAUUGUGAUUUGAGAUAGUCAAACCUAAUAUCUUUAAUCGUUAAUUUCUCAGUAAAACUAUGCUGAUUAAAUAUCUGCAUUUAGUGGUGUUUGCCUGCAUUAUGAUUGUUUUUCAAAUUUAAUGUCAUUUAUUUUAAGUUAUUAGUAUGCAAUCAAUGUAUGUCUGGUAACAAUUUAAAGACAUUGUGAGUGUUCUUUGUUUAUCCAUCUAAUGCCAAAAUGGUGUUACAUUAUUGACAAUGUUUAUUCUUUAGUCCGUCCUGUACCCGUUCUUUUCCAAAAAUAUAAUUGUAUUGAUUAUAUUUCUCGUUUAUAUCUCUUUCUAUCUGUAUUUAGAAAUGACUUUUAAAACAUUGUAGUUUGCAAUCGAGAUUGUAUUGAUGGAAUGCUUACACUGAGCUAGUUUUUAUAAUUGCCAUUCCAACGUGUUAUGCGGACCAAAGCAGUUUGUUGAUAGCUGUUUCAAUCUGUGAAUAUAUGCCAUUCGCACAAGUUGUUCUUUCAGUCUUACUAGCUAAUUAGUGGCUGUUGACUUUCUUCGAAAUACGUUUUAAAUGUAUUUAUUUAUUUAAUGUUUUACGACAACCAAAUUAAAAAAUAAAAAGUUUA